AUGGCUCAAAGAGUUUAUGCUUCAAAAAAUCCAUAUACCCAUGAACUCCUAGAGACUUAUGAAUUCACUUCUCCAGAAGAGCUAGAAAACACUAUCAAUGCUUCUCAGCUUGCAUUUCAGUCCUUUUCCAAACUUUCCUUCCAAGCUCGUGCUGAGAAAAUCAGACUUCUAGGCAGCCUUAUAAGAGAAAGAAAAAAUCAUCUCGCAAGACUCAUGACAAUUGAAAUGGGUAAACCAAUCACUCAUUCAAUUUCUGAAAUUUUAAAAUGUGCAGAAUGCUGCGACUACUAUGCAGAAAAUGCUGAAAAGCUUUUACAUCCAAUUACCUAUGAUCUUCCUGAUGGCCGCUCAUAUGUAAGAUUUGAACCAGUUGGUCCACUGCUUGUAAUAAUGCCUUUCAAUUUCCCAUACUGGACUCCAUUUAAAGCAGUCGUCCCACAUUUGAUGUCAGGAAACACAAUCAUAUUAAAGCAUGAUGAAAAUAUGCCACAAGUCUCAGCAGCAAUUGACCAAAUUACCACAGAUGCAGGAUUAGAGCACGAGUUUAAAUCUGUAAGGCUUACUAUUGAACAAAUAGGUCAAGUUAUAGCUGAUAAAAGGGUACAAGGAGUCCACAUCACAGGAUCGGUAAGGGCUGGAAGAUCUGUAGCUGAAAUUGCUGGGAGAAAUUUAAAAAAAUGUGUUUUAGAGCUAGGAGGAAGCGACCCUUUCAUAGUGCUAAGAGACUGCAACAUAAAAAAUGCGGCUAAAUCAGCAGUAAUUAGAAGGUUAAAUGCUUGUGGACAGGUAUGUAUUGCUCCAAAAAGAUUUAUUAUAGAGGAGCCAGUAUAUGACGAGUUUUAUCAUGAGCUUAUACAAGAGCUCGAAAAUUGGAAAUUUGGAGAUCCUUUAAAUGAAGCCACAAAGUUAGGCCCAUUAGCAAGGGAAGACAUUUUGACGAAUAUAGCAGGACAAGUAGAAAGAUCAGUUAAUAUGGGUUGCGUCUUUGCAAGAUGACUAUUUCAUAACUUUUUUAUUAGCCUAUUUUUUGGGCCUAUAUUUCACCUUUUUUUGCCUAUUUUUUCAUUGCUUUUUAUUUAUUUUUUUUGAAUUUUUUUAUCCCUUUGCUUUGAAAAUUAUUCCAUAAUGACUAUUUCAAGGUGAUUUUCAGUUAAUUUUAUUCUAUUGUUUUUGACAGAAGUUAUAUUAUAAAUUUUUAGCGUUAAAAAAAGAGGCUUAAAAAAAUUAUGCCAAAAAGACUAGACAAAAAAAUAGGCCGAAGUGAUAUGCAUUAUGAAAUAGGCGUCGUGUGAAGGAACCCAUAUGGGCGCACAAGUUGUCUAUGGCGGAAGAGUUUUGUCAAGCACCCAAUUAGAGCCAACUGUAAUGAUUAAUAUUACACAAGACAUGCCUGUGAUGAAAGAGGAAACGUUCGGCCCUGUGUUCCCACUUUAUAAAGUAGGAAGUGUGGAAGAAGCAAUCGAAGUAGCAAAUAAUACAGAAUAUGGGCUAGGCGCUACUAUUUAUACUGUAGAUGUCCAGAGAGCAGAAGAAGAAAUUAUUCCAAAAAUUCAAGCUGGGAUGAUUUUUAUUAACGAUGUAACAAAAAGCCUGGUGCCAGUGCCUUUUGGAGGCAUCAAAAACAGCGGUUUGGGUCGUGAAUUAGGUGAAAUCGGCAUCCGUGAGUUCACAGUGAUGAAAACGGUUUUCGUAAAAAGUUAA